AUGUCUCAGCACAUUAAAACAGGUCAUCUUCGAUACUUUCAUAAAGGUUUACUAUCGAAAAAAUGGAAAGAUUAUUAUUUUGUAUUGUUCGAUGAUUCUACACUGCAAUGGUUUGAAAAACAAAAUGAUCGAAAGCCAGAUGAGUCAAUACGUAUUCGUGAUAUAGCUCGAAAUCUUUGUGUUGGACCAUAUACACGAUGUUUUCGUAAAAGACCACAACUUCCUCGGCCAACCGAUGAAGCAAAUCUUAUUGCAUUGCCAAGAUCGUUAUCCGGAGAUCAUCAUCAAGAAAUAGUAUGGAUUCUUUGUAACGAUGUUUCACAUCUUAAUGAGUGGAUGAAAGCGAUUGUUUCUACAUUACCUCCCGCACCAUCAGCACCACCUCAUCCACAACAGAAUAAUGCUUUUCAACCACCAGGUCCUCCAAGAUAUCAUGCUCCAACACCUUAUCCAAAUUCAAGUCCGUAUCCUCAACAACCGCAACCAAACUAUAAUCAUACCACUGUCGUCGUACAGCCAUCGUCUUCAUAUGGCGGUGGAGGAUACAGUGAUAAUCAUCCUGGUGGGGGUGGUGGAAGUUCACUAGUUAGUGCAGGGGCUGGGCUUGCUUGUGGAGCACUACUUGGUGGUGCUCUGGGAUAUGCAUGGGGAGGCGGUUUUAAGGAACAUAAUGGAUGGGGGUAUGGAAUGGGCCCCGGAAUGGACUAUCAUGGACAUGGCUAUAAUAAUGAUACAACGAAUAAUGAUAUUUCUUACGAUAACGAAACAAAUAAUUUUAAUGAUAAUGAUCAUCAAGGGUCAGGAAAUCAGGGCUACGGAGGCUAUGAAGGAUAUGGGGGUGAUAAUGGUAAUCAGGAUAAUGGUGGUGAUAAUAAUGAUUAUAGUGGCGGAGGUGAUGAUAACAGCGAUGACAACAGUUACGGUGGAAAUGACUAUAGUGGUGGUGGAGGUGAUUUUGGAGGCGGUGACUUUGGUAGUGGUGAUUGGUAA